AUGUCCUUUAACAGCCCAGAGCUGUUUUUCUACACGUUUCUGCUCAAGAAGUUGAUCAUCCUGGAUUGGCACCGGUUCACCCUUUCUUCCGCCCCUGUGAGCCUCUCCCAGCGAGCCGCCAUGGCAUCGGUGCGCUUCACCGUGACGCCGACCAAGGCGGAGGACCUCCCGGGGGUGUCGGACACGUCGCCCGACAUCAGCUCGCGCUCCGAUGCCCGCGUGCGCUUCGGCUCCAGGGAGAGCGUCAAUCGGAGCGACCCGCUCAGCGAGGCGUCCGCAGGAGGAGGAGGAGGAGGAGGGGGGGACACGCCGGAGCACUACAGCAUGGAACACGGAAGGGUAGCGAUGCUGCUGACUCAGGUGCUGCUGAUUGGGCGAACCGGAGGUGAGCGCCGGCGACCCGUCGGCGGUCACCUCCGGCCCCGUGAUGGAAAUUCUAAAAUGUCCAGCGUCUACAUCAACAACACUCACGGGAUGGACGACGACGACUUCUACGACAGAAACCUGGCCCUGUUCGAGGAGGAGAUGGACACUCGUCCAAAGGUGUCUUCUCUUCUCAGCCGCCUGGCCAACUACACCAACCUGACGCAAGGGGCCAAAGAGCACGAGGAGGCUGAGAACAUCGGCGAGAAGAAGAAAACCAGCAAGUCGCCGCAGAUGGGGACGUUCAUGGGCGUGUACCUGCCGUGCCUGCAGAACAUCUUCGGGGUGAUCCUGUUCCUGCGCCUGACCUGGGUGGUGGGCAACGCGGGGGUGCUGCAGGCGCUCUGCAUCGUCUUCGUGUGCUGCUGCUGCGUGAGUGACCGCCCGCCGGCAGGCGGCCGCAACGAUGUUAACCGCAAUAUCGAUGAGUGCGAUCGCCACCAAUGGAGUUGUGCCAGUGACCUAUCCCAGAAAAACGAGGACUGGGGAAGUCCUCUGUGCUUGGGUUUGGGCCGCAUGCUCAGUCCAGAAGCGGUGCUAAGGUUCGUUGAAAGACGAACCUCGGCUCAGAGCGAGGAGUCUCUGCAAAAUGCAACUGGAGGCUCCUACUUCAUGAUCAGUCGCUCCCUGGGCCCAGAGUUCGGCGGAGCCGUGGGCCUCUGCUUCUACCUUGGGACCACCUUCGCCGGAGCCAUGUACAUCCUAGGAGCCAUCGAGAUCCUGUUGCUGUACAUUGUCCCGGCAGCAGCCAUUUUCGACGGGGACUCGGCUGCGAGGCUGAACAACAUGAGGGUGUACGGCAGCAUCUGCCUCCUCCUGAUGUCUGUGCUGGUCUUCGUGGGCGUGAAGUACGUGAACAAGCUGGCCUCCAUCUUCCUGGCCUGCGUCAUCGUCUCCAUCGUCUCCAUCUACGCCGGGGCGCUGGUAUCCGCCUUCCGCCCGCCGCACUUCCCCGUGUGCAUGCUGGGGAACAGGACCAUCAACAGCCACUUCAUGACCGACAGCGAGUGCGGGAAAACCAUGAGGCUGCCCGUCCUCGACCCAGAUCAGAGCCCCGACGGCAACUCAACCGUCAGCUAUGGUGGGGCCGCCGUCUCCUCGUCAAGGUCGUUCUGCCCGUCAGAGAACAGCACGGCAGAAGCAGUCACGGCCCCAACCCCCGUCCCGGAUCUGGUGGAGAAGACCACGGUGCUUUGGUGGGAAUUCUGCGGGAGCGAGUACCUCAACGCCACCUGCGACCCGUACUUCAGCUCCAACAAUUUCUCAGAGAUUCAGGGCAUCCCCGGUCUGGCCAGCGGGGUCAUAUCAGAGAAUCUGUGGAGCGCCUAUCUCAACAAGCGGGACGUGGUGGAGAAGAGCUCCCUGGCCUCCACCCAAGUGGCGCAGCCGGUGUCGGUGAAUCACCCCUACGUGUUUGCCGACAUCACCACCUCCUUCACCCUGCUGGUGGGCAUCUUCUUCCCCUCCGUCACAGGGAUAAUGGCUGGUUCCAACCGGUCAGGAGAUCUAAAGGACGCCCAGCGCUCCAUCCCCAUAGGAACCAUCCUCGCUAUCCUCACCACCUCCCUCGUCUAUAUGAGCAGUGUCGUGCUGUUCGGAGCCUGCAUCGACGGGGUCGUCCUCAGAGACAAGUCCGGGGAUUCGGUUUACGGCACCCUGGUGGUGGGGACGCUUGCAUGGCCCACUCCCUGGGUCAUUGUGAUCGGCUCCUUCUUCUCAACGUGCGGCGCCGGUUUGCAGUCGCUGACCGGCGCUCCCCGGCUACUGCAGGCCAUCGCCAAGGACAACAUCAUCCCCUUCUUACGGGUAUUCGGCCACGGGAAGGCCAACGGGGAGCCCACCUGGGCUAUGCUGCUAACGGCGCUGAUAGCCGAGCUGGGGAUUCUCAUCGCCUCUCUGGACUUGGUCGCUCCCAUUCUGACGAUGUUCUUCCUGAUGUGUUACCUGUUUGUAAACCUGGCCUGUGCCCUCCAAACUCUCCUCAGGACCCCCAACUGGAGGCCACGCUUCUCCUACUACCACUGGACCCUGUCAUUUUUGGGGAUGACCAUCUGCCUGGCGCUCAUGUUCAUAUCUUCUUGGUACUACGCAAUCGUUGCCAUGGUGAUUGCCAGCAUGAUCUACAAAUACAUUGAGUACCACGGGGCAGAGAAGGAGUGGGGGGAUGGGAUCCGCGGUUUAUCACUCAGUGCUGCUCGGUACGCCCUCCUGAGAUUGGAGGAGGGACCCCCACACACCAAAAACUGGAGACCCCAGGUGUUGGUGUUGCUAAAGCUGGACGAGGACGCCCACGUCAAGUCUCCGCGGCUGCUGACUUUCGCCAGCCAGCUGAAGGCCGGAAAGGGCCUGACCAUCGUGGGCACCGUCGUCCCCGGCAACUUCCUGCAGAGCUACGGAGAGGCUCUCGCCGCCGAGCAGACUCUGAAGCACCUGAUGGAUAAAGAGCGCGUGAAGGGCUUCUACCAGUGCAUAGUGGCCCAGAAGCCACGCGAGGGGAUCAGCCACAUGAUCCAGUCCAGCGGGCUGGGAGGAAUGAAGCCCAACACGGUGGUGAUGGGCUGGCCUCACGCGUGGAGGCAGAGCGAGGACCCGCAGUCCUGGAAGACCUUCAUCAACACGGUGCGGGUCACCACUGCAGCCCACUUGGCCUUACUGGUCCCCAAAAACAUCUCGCUGUUCCCCAGCAACAGCGAGCCCUGCUCGGAGGGCUACAUCGACGUCUGGUGGAUCGUCCACGACGGGGGGAUGCUGAUGCUGCUGCCUUUCCUCUUACGUCAACACAAGGUGUGGCGCAAAUGUGCCAUGCGAAUCUUCACAGUGGCCCAGAUGGAGGAUAAUUCCAUUCAGAUGAAGAAGGACCUGGCAACUUUCCUCUACCAUCUGCGCAUUGAGGCGGACGUGGAAGUGGUUGAGAUGCACAACAGCGACAUCAGCGCGUACACUUACGAAAGGACCCUAAUGAUGGAGCAGAGGUCCCAGAUGCUCAGACAGAUGCGACUGUCCAAAUCGGAUCGGGAAAGAGAGGUGAGUUUAGUAGAGAGCGGCGUAGGUGUUGUCGGAGCGCUCAGCCCCUCGCGGCGUCGGCUGCGGGGGGUCCUGAUGGUCCCUCUGCGCGCCGGUGCACACAAAGGCCUCACAGAAACGGGCGAAUUGGCAUCAGCGAGGGUACGCUGGAGUUUUGACGACGCUCAGCUGGUGAAGGACCGCAACUCCAUGCUGCGCCUGACCAGCAUCGGGUCGGACGACGACGACGACACGGACGGCGGCGAGCGGGAGCGGGCGGCGAGCGGCGGCGGCGGCGGCGGGGGGGGCAGCGCCGAACACCACCGCCGCGUGCAGAUGACCUGGACCAAAGAGAAGGCCUCGCAGUACAGAGCGGCGCACUCGGGCUGCUCCACGCCGGAAGGCUUCCGAGACAUGCUGAGCAUCAGGCCAGACCACUCCAACGUCAGGCGCAUGCACACCGCCGUCAAACUCAACGAGGUCAUCGUCAACAAGUCCCACGAGGCCCGGCUGGUUCUGCUCAACAUGCCGGGACCCCCCAGGAACACAGACGGAGAUGAGAACUAUAUGGAGUUCCUUGAGGUCCUAACGGAAGGGCUGGAGCGCGUCCUGUUAGUCCGAGGCGGGGGAAGCGAAGUCAUCACCAUCUACUCCUGAUCGGGGGGCCCCCCUUUUUUAGGGAGCCGGCGUCAAACAAGCAGCCAGUCGUCCAGAGCCAGGAGGAGGGAGACGGCCGGGCCCGGGCGGGGGGGCGUCGGCCCGCCGACAGAGACCGCAGCACGGGGGCGUCGCCUCCGACUACCCUCCCCACACAGCCCCCCUUUUCCCCUCACAUUUCCACUCUUAUCAUCACGACAAUGAUUUCACAUCCACUAAAGUCAAACUGGAAUAAUGCCAACACAGUAACACCAUACGAGCAGCAACUACAGCCAAAAAAAAAAGAUCCGCUCUGUGCGCGUGCGUGUGCGUGUCUGUCUUUCUCUGAGUGCCACCCACCUGAAAGAUCUGUGAGCUCUUCUGGGGACCAGCAUUGCGUGGUGGAGCAGGUGGAUUAGUCAAUGAGGGGAAGAACAUAUCCGACCAGACUCAGGGUUGCUGUUUUGUUUUUUGUACAGAAUGUAUUUGGUGUGAGCUUUCAAUGUGAGGCCUGAAUGUAUACAUUGAAAGGAGUUUUCUUUUUUCUAUUUUUUUUCUUUUCUGUUUUUGUUUUGUUUUUGUUCCUCGAAGGCCAAGAGGAGCUCUUUUUCAGCACAACAUAGAGGCUGUAAAAGUAACACAAAAGCUCCAUUUAAAAACUUAGAUGGAGUGGAUGUUGGUGAGUUUAAUGAUUUUUUAAAAAGAAGUUUAAUGGUGAGGAAGUCGGUUUCACAUCCCACUUUUGUCGGGUCAGUAUUUCUCUCGCGGGAUGUUUACUGGAACCUCGGAUCGUGUUUCGCUUGCGUUUAAGUUCAAGUUUAAGCGACUUAAAAUUAGUUUUUCUUUGUAUUUGGCUGUUAUUUGCAGAAGCCCAGUUUCAUAAUGGAAAGACAAAAACCUUUUUCCAUCCAAAUUUAGAAAGAUAUCAAACAUUUCAUCUGAAUUUUAUGGGGGUCAGUUUUCUUGUAGUUUUUAAAAGCUCAGAACCAAAAUACCGGAGGACAUCGUGAAAGAUGUUCUUAUUUUCUAUUGAUUGAAUUAAGUCAAAAUGACAAGAAUCAAAACGGACGUGGAGGGAAGAAAAAAUAAUGCAUGGGGAAAAAAAUCACACCUAUUAAUUGUUACUAGACUUGUCAAAAAUGAUGAGAUACUCCGAUAUUUUUUUCUUAUCUUGACAUUUUGAAUUAGGAUUUUAUUUUUACUGACCCAAUGAAGAGUCUGUGUACCCUGCUCUCUUUCUAUUUUUAUUUAUUUCCAGCGAAAAUGAGCUUUUGUACCAACACUUACCAAGAGGCACAUAUCUUUAAUGAUUAAAGUCUGCUGGGAUAUUCUCUGGUGCCAGCUGUGAGCAGGAAAUGAGAAAAGCGAUGAGGAAGGUGGUUUUUCUCCACAUUUUUCUGUCGACGCCAGCCAAUUCCUGAAAAACCCAAAUAAUAUUGAUGUGUAAAGGGCGAUUCCGACUUUUGUCUUUUUGUUUUUACCUUCUGUGUUGUUGCUUUAAGCUGGUUCUAUGUUGGAUAACCUGUGAAUAAAGUAACGUUGGCACGUUAGAGGGUUAGCUCAAAAUAGGGCACAACAGCAAACCCGAGGUUGAACCUUCUGGUUGUAGUCGUUAAGGGAAGGGAAUAAACCUGGAAGUUAUGGUUAGCAGAAAGUUGUUGACAGACUGGGAGCUUUUGGAGUGGAAAACCGCACUGCAUGUGUGUGUCAAUGUUUGUAUGUGGAUGUAUGAAUGUUACUCGUGCAUUUUGCAUUCCCCCUCAAGAGAGUGUAGUCAGUUGUGUAGUGUGUAGUGUGGGCCUGUGCCCCGAAAAUCUGCUUCAUUGCACACCUGAAAUAAACCUGCUGACAUCCUGUGCUUUGUACGUGUGUGUGCGUAUGAGUGUUGAGCCGAAGUAAGCAUGUCCAGACUUGACGAGUUUGAUUCCAAUCUUAUGCUUUUUUGUUUGUUUGUUUUUUGUUUUUUUUACAGUAUUGUGAGGAUUGUUUUAUGUUUUUACUUUUUACACAUUGUUUUUUUUGCUUGUACAGAGGGACAAAAAAAGAUCACGUUUUAUCUUUUUUUUUUUAAUUAUAUUAAUAUAAAAGUGA